CUCCGGCAGCACCGACGCCGUAGAGCCCGUCUCCCAGUCCCCGUGCCGGGGGCCACGCGGCCCCCCGCCGCGCGCCCGGCCGAGCCGGCAAGGGUUAAGCCCCGGCGGGCCGGGGGUGAGCUCAGGUAGGCGUGAGUCUGAGCGGGCUCCCGCCGCACGCGGAGGAGGGGCCUGGCCGGCGGCUGCGGGUGCUAUAAAACUCCCCGCUGCCGCCGCACUCGGCGCCUUAAGAUGCACAUGUGCGGGCGGCGGGGCCGCCAGCCGGGGCCCUGAGCAGCCGCCGGCAGCCCGCAGCCCCCGGCGCGCGCAGCGAGCUGGCGCCGGCCCCCGGGCCGCCGGGCAGGGGCACCCGCCGCGGCUCGGGCCCCGCGGGGCGGGCGGGCGGCAGCCGGCGCGGCAGCAUGAGCGAGCGGAGCUGAGGCCGCCCCGAGCAGCGGCAGCGCUCGCCCCUCGCCGCCCCCCGCCGCCAUGUCCUUCGCCAUGCUGCGCUCGGCCCCCAGCCGGUACCUGUACCCCGAGAUCAGCAUGCUGUCGGAGGACGAGGAGAACGGCAGCGAGAGCUCCGGCUCCGACGAGAAGCCCUACCACCUGGACGCCGACGGCUACGGCAUCAAGGCCGGCAAGCGGCGGAGCGGCAAGAAGCCCAACCGGAUCAGCAGGGAGCCCCGGCAGCGUCACACGGCCAACGCGCGGGAGCGCGACCGCACCAACAGCGUCAACACCGCCUUCACCGCCCUGCGAACGCUCAUCCCCACCGAGCCCGCCGACAGGAAGCUCUCCAAGAUCGAGACCUUGAGACUGGCCUCCAGCUACAUCUCCCACCUGGGCAACGUGCUGCUGGUGGGGGAGGCGUGCGGGGACGGGCAGCCCUGCCACACCACACCGGCCUUCUUCCACCACGGCGGCGGCAGCCCCGCCGCGCGCGACCCCGAGAACUCCCAGCCCAAACAGAUCUGCACUUUCUGCCUCAGCAACCAGAGGAAGCUGAGUAAAGACCGGGACAGGAAGACGGCGAUUCGGAGCUAGAUGAUCGCGGGUCCAGGGAGGGCGGCGAGGAGGAGCGGGAGGAGGAAGGAUGGAGAAGCCGCACGCAGCAGACCCCGCGCACGGACGCUCCUGCCUUCACCCUGCUGCUGGGGGCAGCCGCACGGCUUCGCCCCGGGACUCACCCAAGCGCGCGCCGCCCCGGCAGCGACCGCGGCUCCCGGCGCGGCAGGACCCCGCACGGCGGCUCGGGGGGCGCCCGGCUACCGGGGGCCGCGCGGGCGGCUGCUGGCGGGGGAGAGCCACAGCGAGAGCUCGGACGCUGCCCGUCCCGUCCCGGUCCGGGCCGACCCGACCUGACCCGACCCGAGCGGCGCCGCAGGACUGCUCACCGGCUCGCCCCGCUCUCCCCGCGCCCGUCCGGCUCGGAGCCGCUCCGUGCCCCGAGCUCCGAGCCCGGAGACGCCGCGGUCGUUGAGUUUAAUCAAUACAUGCUGGUGUUUCAUGUCAUUGAUAUGAUAAUAUAAAGCCUGAGCAAUUGGUAUGAUUAAAA